AAUCCGGCGAGCUUAGCUGCGCGCGCGCACAAAUUCUAUAGUUUUAUAAAAUUAAACGGUAAUACUAAUAAUUAGGCUAUUCGGAGAUUAGGCUCGGUGCGAUAAAGACGCGUUAAAUUUUCGGUUUUGCGUGCGGUCGGUAGAAUAUUCCGGCGGUUAUUUUUGGACCUGGUAAUGAUCCUUGAGAACUGCUGUGAUUGAUGGUGCGAUUGAAUGGAUUGAAUUAGACGAAUUACAGCUGACCUCAGUUCAUCAAUCGACACGUCGUGGUAUCGAUCGAGAGGGUCGAUCGUGGGAGUCAAGAAGUUCGAAAUUUGGGCUUGGGAAGUGUUCCGAGCAGGCCAGUCGAAUUUUAAGGGUCUCGGUUUAGCAGUGCCUUAUUUGGGCUACAAACUUGCACGAGUGUACAGCGGAUGCUGAAGGCGAUUGGUAGUUGAAGGAAAACCCUUGUGAAGUGAUCAUCUUUCGUGACGCUUUGGGAUAGAAUAGUGGUGUUCUAAAUUCUGCUGUUGCUUCGUGAAACAAUUGUGGUGCCUGUCGAUAUUGAAUUGGUAGUUCUGCUUGAAGCAAAGGAUUGCAUCAGCAACGUGAGCAGCACGUUUCGGAUCAGCAAACAAGGCUGGAGUGCAGUGAAAGAUUGUAGUACUGCUACCGUUGCAGUUGCUGGGGUGCCAGGAGAUACGUUGGAUCAUCAGCUCUCUAUCGGUUGAACAAGGAUUCCGAACGUCACCUUUACCACGCUCAUAUUUCAUGCUACAAAGUUAACACUGAUCAAGAUGAAGCAGCACCUUUAUAUCAUAUUGAUUUCUAUUCUGCUCAGCAAGCACUAUUCCAGUGCACAUAUUGUUCGGAAACGUCAGCUUUUCCGAGAACAGGUGCUUCCACAUGCCGGUGGUAAAAUACCUGACUCUGCCUUCCACACUGACCGUUUGGCUCUGAAUCGUUUACAGUCAGACGGUAUUGCUGUUCCGGAUGGAGUUCUACUGGAACAGAGACGCCACCAAGUGUCACACCAUUCCCAUCGUACUUACCGGCCAACCUUUCUGGUUACUCAAACCUCAGACGGUCGUUACACAUCACCCGAGGGCGCAUACGGCCAUAAUGGUUUGGAAACUGUGGACAGCACCUACUCCAUCCCGACGCCAUUGGAGAAAGACUCCCAUUACAAGUUCCCAACUGCCGGAUAUGCUUACGGCAAACCUGUAGCAGUGCCAGUUGUCAAAGAACUCCGUGUACCCAAUUACUCAGUGUUCAAUUUCGAUUAUAGCAAUAUUAAGAGUAAGCUUUUACGAAAACCUCCUACGCUUUAUCCAACAGCGGCGCUAGUAUCCGCUUACAGCCCUGAGUCCAUUAGUCAUUAUCAUCACCAACCGGCACCGCCGAAGCCAUCGUUGUCUGUGGUGCCAAAGAACUACGUUAGUUACCACGCAGCGCUGGGUAACCUGUUGAGUUACCAACCUGCUAUCGCGUACGGUAGCGACUGGGAUAAGGAUUGGGCGCCAACCAGUGCGUUCCACGUGAAUCAUGAUUUGACUUCAUCCCACCCACUUAACGAUUUCGAGGACUUUCACGGCAAUCCAGGCAUCAAGCGCUUCUACCGCCAAGUGAACCUUGCCACAGCCGGCAAAAAAGAACCAUCUCAACCAGUGCCAGCAGCAGCCGCAUCAUCACCGUCUUCCCGGACAACCCUCACGGUUGGUUGGUACGUUUCGGUUCAGUUUUGCUGUUUUGGUGUAGUUUAUUUUUUUUUUCAUUUCGGUGAGUUUUUUUUUUGUUCAACGAGGAGUGCCACAGUUUUCAUCUCCAACAUUAUAUGUUGCCGCAAAGCCGUUGCCAAAAUGUUAAAAAUCUCGUUCGUUGCCAUCAUGGGCAUGCUCUGCGUGGUCCAGUCCAUCAAGGUCGACUACUACGGUUCCCUUUACCGACCGGACGAACUCCACGCGCCCUAUAAGAGUGCCAAGGAGCCCAAACAGGACUUCAGCAAGAUCCCCGGCGAACCCGGAGUGGACUAUCCGAUCUAUCACGAAGUUCCUCACACCAGCUUCAGCUGUUCGCACGUCCCCGCCGUCCCCGGAAUGUAUGCCAACGUCGAAACCGGCUGCCAGGCCUAUCACACCUGUCACGAUGGUCGCGAAGGAGACCAGGGAGCCUCGUUCCUGUGCACCAAUGGAACCAUUUUCAAUCAGAAGGAGUUCGCCUGCGACUGGUGGUACAACGUCAAGUGUGAGGAAGCCCCCGCCCUGUACAGCCUGAAUACCGAUCCGGAGCACAAUCCAUUCGUCCCGAAGCGCAAGCCGGAGGAUGAGCUGGCUCAUAAAAAGUUUCUGAUCCACGUCUAAGCCGGCCCGUCAGCGGUCGAUUUUCUCCUUUAUCGCAGUUUUCUUUCAUUUAAUUCGUUGUUGUCGUUACCCAUUCGGAAUUGUUAAGUUUUGCACAAAAGUUUUACCGUUUCUUGAUUGUUUUGUUUCGUUUGGGAUUACCGAUUUUCGUGCAGCAGCAGCCACUAACGAACGGGGCUGUUGUUUCCAGUUGUAAAUAAUAAUUCGUCUUUAUGCCGUUAUAAUGAUUUCGCGGUAGUCGGUAAGAGUGAGGAGAAUAAUGCAGAGAAAUAUACGAGCUGAAAAUGAGGAAAAUUUCAAA